UGCAAUUAGACCAAAUAUAGAAAAGGUCAUGCCUCCCUCCUCUUCCUCCUCCUUGCUUCCAUUUUCAACCCAUUUCCGGAUGAAUUCAGAGAUAAUUUUUGUUGGGUUUUAGCUCUCAAGGAUUGUAGAUAGAACUCUAAUGGAACCCAUUUCAAUCUACUGAGUUUUCAUUCACUCCGUUUCCGCUAUUUUGAGUUUUUUUUCCGACACCAUAAAAGGCUUCCUUCCUUUGGGUUUUUCCUUGGUUGGUGUUUUUUGCUUUCGUGUAUAGCUGUGUAUAUUUUUUCUGCAAGAACGAACAGACACUGUGUUGCCUUCUUUAUCGGAAUUUGUUGAGUAUUUGAAUUAUUUUAUUCGAAGACAUUGGUCGAAAGAAUUAGCGAGUUCUUCUCCUUUCUGAUACAAAUUUCUAUAUAUCUACCGGGGAUUGAGAGAGGGAAGCCUAUGGUUAAGCAGGGGCCUUGCUACCAUUGUGGUGUUACGAGUACUCCUCUUUGGAGAAAUGGACCACCAGAAAAGCCAGUUUUAUGCAAUGCAUGUGGCUCAAGAUGGAGAACAAAGGGUUCACUUGCUAACUAUACUCCGCUGCAUUCCCGUGGGGAGCCUGCUGCCCUACCACAAAGCAAAACUCCCAAGUUGAAAUAUGUGCUUGGUAAGGCCAAAGAUCAGAAACUUCAUAUGCAGAAGUUAGACGAAGUUAGCCAAGAAAGUGAAGAUGCAACUAGCGAUUAUGACCCUCAAAGCGAGAAGCUGUUGGAAGAAGAGUCAAGCAAUAGAUCUAGUUCAGGAUCAGCUAUAUCAUAUUCUGAGAGCUGUACUCAAUUUGGUAGUACAGAUGCAAGUGAUUUCACAGGUUCAUCGCAAUCCAUUGUCUGGGAUUCGCUUGUCCCAUCAAAAAGGCGGACAUGCCUGAGUCGUUCAAAGCCCAAGCCAUCUCCUGUUGAGAAACUGACAAAAGAUUUGUAUAGCAUAUUGCAUGAGCAGGAGUUGUCCUAUCCAUCUGGAUCCACAGAGGAGGAUCUCAUUUUCGAAAAUGAAAAGCCUAUGGUUUCUGUUGAGAUUGGUCAUGGUGGUGUUCUUAUAAAGCAUCCACAUUCAACAGCUCAAGAUGAGGAAUCAGAAGCAAGUUCACUUGUGAUACAGAACAAAGGAUGUUCUGUUAGUGAAUCUUAUUCAAUGUCCUCAUCCGUUCCUGUACAUACUCAAAGCAAAGGAAUAAAUUCAUCUGAAGUCAACAAUGAAAAAAUGCAGCAUAACAUGAGCCAAGGAAGAUAUGACCAUACAAAAAGGGAUAAGGUACCCUCUGACAGAUUUCACUUUCUGCAAAGUAGCUCAUCACCUUUGCAAUUCAUAGAUCUGGAGGCUGUUGUUAAUUAUGAGAAGUUCAUGGAAUACUUCUCUCAUGAGGAGCAACAGCAGCUGAUAAAUCACCUUUCUUCUGUUGAUAGUUGCCAAAAUCCUGACAGCAUUAGAAAUGCAUUUGACAGUCCAUCAUUUAAGGAGGCCCUGUAUGUGUACCAGAGGCUGCUUUCUAAUGGCAUCUUUGAUCUCUCUUUCCAAGGGAUAGAUAUUGAAUCUUGCAAAGCUACAAAAAGACUUGUUUUGUGCGAAACAAUCAAAUCCAGAUGGGUUGAACAAUAUGCACAGCUGAAGAAUUCAAGCGAAGCCCUUGGAAAGGAUAAAAGUUUGUCACGUGGUAACAUUAAAUUCUCCAAAUCAAUAUCCAUGAAGCGACCUCAUGAUUAUGACCUCAGUCAAAAAAAUACAGGAGUUCAGUUCUCUCUGUUGCUGAAGCACGGUCAGUUCAAAAAGAUCUAGUGAGAAAUGUGAGGCUGGGAUUCAACUUUUAGGAAACACUUCCCUGGAGCAUUCAUCAUAUUAUGCUCAUAUAGCAGAAGAUUCACCCCGCUGUUGUAAUUGCCUGACUGGAGCAGGGAAGGCUAACAAGUGCGGGCCGAAAGCCAUAAUUCUCUGGGCAUAUCUGAGGGGACUGUCUGAACAUGACCAGAACAUUUUAGGCAGCAUAUGCUGCCAAAGAAAUAGCAGCACAUCCUUUUGGACAGCCAUUUGUGUUAGAUGAAGCUCAGAUGGCUGCUUAGGUUGAAUGGUAGAAACAAUUAAUCGGCAUGAUAAUAGCAAUCAUCUGAAAGUGAAUACAAUAUGCUUGAUUCCUGAUAUUGAGGCGAAGUGUUAGUCCAGUCCAAAGGUGCACCUAGGUAGUGUAUAUGCUGGACAAACACUUUCUUUACUAGACUGUAGGACCUAAGCACUGGCAAUGCACUUAAUCAUAAGAAAACCUGAAAAGGUCUUAAAAGGUUUUUGUUCUCCUUUUUUCUUUUUUCUUCUGAUUUUUAAUCAUCCUCCUCUUUUUUUUAUUAUUUUACUGUUUCUGGCCUGCGUAGGCCCCCACCUAGGUGCCAUCUAGUCCUUUUUUAUGGUCCACCGCCCCAGGUCCACCUAUCUCUUUUGACCACAUUGGCCGUUAACCUUUAUUCUGGAAAUUUAGAUGAUACAAAAAGACCUUCUUCUUGGUCAACAUCUCCAUGGUUCACAGAGGAAAAAUUGUUGAAACUGCUUCAAUGACGGAUAAGACAUGAAAUUAGAAGCUUCCCAUUUGGACAGGAAAAGGUCCAGAAGUAAGAGGGAUUGACACAUUGAAGACUUGCUCAGGUGGAGAUAUUAGGUGAAAGUUGCAAAAACAAAUACGAAAGGGUAGAAAGGACUGAAACAGCAUGGUAAAGAUGAACAUGAAGGCAAAAGGCAAGCUAAAUUACUAAGAUCCAGAGCUUCUUUUAGGUGCUAAGAGUGGCACAAUUUAGUCUGACACUAAAAACAGGGUCUUAACAGUAGAACAUGGAACAGCUACCCUUUACAAGCUGAUGUGGCCUGUCUUGCUAUGGAAAACAGCUGGAAGGUAGAUUGCAUGGAAGAUUUGACAUUGUCAAAUUUGUGAAAAAAAUAAUUAUUGUUCAGAUACUCGAAAACCAUACAAAAUGAAAGUGCAAGUCCUGGCCUCAUUCUCAUUUUCUUUUUCAGAAGUUAAAUUUAUUGAAGAAUGUAAGUUCUAGGACACAAUUUAUUUUUGUGGUUCAGAAAUGGGAUAUGGGGUUCAACCAGUGGUGCCUCAGCUGUUGAUAUUGUAGGUCAUCCAAGAUGCAUAAAUAUAUCAUUAUUCCACUUUUCCUUUUUGUCAUUGUUAAUGUGGUGAAUACAACUAGACUUAAAACUCUUCCAGUGGUCAAUGUGCAGUAGGCAUCAGAUCGCCUAUAAAUCUUGAAGGGGACCUGCCAGGGAUGACCAGUUAACAAGCACAUUUGAAGAAAGCCGUCAAUUGAGGAAAAAGUACACCAUAGUUGCAGAUUAUAGAAAAGGAAAUUUUGUGAAAGGCCUUUACCAACAUGGACAGUGCAAUGUGUAUAUGCAUAAUAGAGCAAUUGCAAUUAAUACAUAAGCUAACACGUGUUUGUGUUUCUACUAGUGUUUAGAAUUCGUGUGUAGAAUAUGCUAUUCAUGGUUUUGGAUAUGGUUGAUUAUUUUGGGAAUGAUUUCCUUUGACUUUCCUCUGGCUGGAAUUAUCAAUUUCUUCUGAUUGGCUAUUUCUGC